AUGUCGCCUAUCAAAGUUGGAAUUGUCGGGUAUGGCUUUGCCGCCAAGAACUUCCAUAUUCCUUUCAUCAGCGCUGUCCCAGAGUACGAGAUUGUUGCAAUCUUACAAAGGACUGCAGCGCCAGAAGACCCUGCAUCUUCUCCCAGUGGUUCGCACUGCACAGUUGAUCUCCCAGCCGUCAAACAUUACAGGCUCGCCGAUGAAUUCUUUGCCGAUCUGGAAAUUCAACUUGUUGUUGUCGCAACUCAUCUCGACACACAUGCCAUGUUCGCAGAGAAGGCAAUAGAUGCCGGAAAGCAUGUGAUCGUUGACAAGCCAUUCGCAAGCUCAGCCGAAGAGGCAGACAAGGCCAUCCAACUUGCUGAUCAAAAGGGCGUUAUCGUGACUUGUUUCCAGAACAGAAGAUGGGACGGCGAUUUCCAGACUCUGAAAAAGCUCAUGAAGGAAAAUGCCUUGGGCGAAAUUAACGAGGCCGAAAUCCAUUACGACUUCGAGUCCCCGUCCUGGUUAUCUUUGAUGUCAGAAAAGGAGUACACGCCAGGUGCUGGAAUGGCGUUUGGCUUGGGAACACACAGCCUAGACCAGGCUUUGGUUUUAUUCGGACGCCCAAGCUCCAUCACAGGGUUUUUCCGUGCUCAACGCGGUAUUGACAGCGAAGUCGAGGACUCUUUCACCAUUAUAUUGCAAUAUACCGGCACGCAACAGGAUCUAAUCGUUACGGUCAAAACAUCCGUGACAACUCCCAUGGCUCAACAACUCAAACUACUAGUGCGGGGGACAAAGGGAUCUUUCUUGAAAUUCCAGGAAAGAAGCACUUGUCCUCAAGAAGAAGCUAUUGCAGCAGGCAAAAAACCUCUUGAUGCUAUGUUUGGGGCAGAACCGGAAUACCUCAAUGGGUUACUCACUACGAUUGAGGAAUUCGAUAGCACAGUUCAAAGUUUCGACUCAAAGGUCAACAAGUUCGUUGGUAGGUACCCAACAGUCACAGGGCGGUGGCUAGGUCUCUAUGAGAAUCUUGCGGAUGCUAUUCAAGGGAAGGCUGAAUUGGUUGUAAAGGCGACCGAAUCCAGAGAUGUCCUUCGGGUUAUUGAACUUGCAAGAGAGUCACAUGAGCGAGGGAUGACAGUUCCCUGGAGUUGA